AUGAUGAAGCCAACAACGUCCGUCCCCGCGAUUCGAUUAGCCACGAAUUCCGCAAUUGCACAAUCUGCCCGGCCUCUCUUUGUACGCCAUUUUGCGUCUCCGACUGGCCUGGGAACCACCGCAACCCCGAAACCGAAACGGAGAAGCGUCACGCCAUUUAACGACACCGGGUUUGUGCCAUGGAGCGAAUUAUCAGCUGCUGAGAAGGCGGCGAGGGCAACCCAGCAGUCUUACAACUUUGGCAUGAUUAUUGUUGGUCUCGUUUGCACUGGAGGUGUUGGGUACUUCCUUUGGACGGAUGUCUUUUCUCCCGAGAGCAAGACAAAUCAGUUCAACAGAGCUGUCAACAUGAUCAAAAAAGACCACAGAUGCCUUGAGCUUCUAGGUGAUGCGAACAAGAUUUCGGCUCAUGGAGACGAGACCUUUAAUAAAUGGAGGAGGGCUCGACCCAUCACGUCCACUGAGAAGACAGACUCCCAGGGCAACCAACAUCUCAUGAUGCAUUUCUAUGUUGAGGGCCCUCUGGCAAACGGAGUAGUACAAUGCCACAUGGUUAUGCCUCGUGGUCAGAGCGAAUACGACUACAAAUACCUAUUCGUGGAUAUCAAAGGCCACGAAAGGAUAUAUCUGGAGAAUGCAGACACUGCUGCCUCUCGGUCAGGAAAGAAACCUCUGACCUUUUUCGGAGUCAAAUGGGGAUAA